ACUGGUGUUUCCAGUCGGAACUCUAUAGUGUGACAACCAUUCGUUGCUCAGUUUGUCUGAAAGUGCAGGUAAUUAUUUCAUCGGUUAUCAAGCAACAAUGUCUUCAGUUGAGGGUUUGAGAGAGUUUGUCAACGAGCGACUAUCUGCUGCUGCUGAAGAAAUAUUCGGAGUUUUUAAAAGAAGCAUCGUCGAGUACCAGGAAGAAAUCGACAGGCAGCGCGGACUGUUGGAUGUUUUAUUGAAACCCGAAGUGAGGUUACACCGGAUAGAGCUCCCGCAGUCACGUGUCUGUAAGGAGGAGGAGGUUCUCUGUGACCAGCAGCUCUGUCUCCAGGAGAGGAACCCCAGUCUGGACCAAGAGGACCCAGAUCCUCCACAGAUUAAAGAGGAACAGGAGGAACUGUGCAGCAGUCAGGAGGGAGAGCAGCUUGAACCGAAGCAGGAGGCCGACACCUUUACGUUGACUCCCACUAGUGAGGAAACUGAUCACAGUGAUGAUGAGACUCCGUUUUUGAAUCCUGACAGAAGUCAGAGUGAAUCAGAGACAGAGCCUCCAGCUAUCACGUGUACCAGCUGGUUAGGUGAGGAAAUAGACUGUGAACGUUUUGUGGUACCAGAACCAAACGACAACAACAAGGAGCCACAACAGCAGAUUCUGGCUCCUCCAGGUGACAAGACAUUUUUGUGCAAGAAAUGUGGGAAAUAUUUUCAACAUAAAAAAACCUUGUAUGCCCACAUGAAAAGAUCCCACAAUGUUCAACCAUAUGUAUGCAACGCCUGUGGGAGAAGAUACUUUGAUAAAUCAACAUUUGAGAUUCAUAAAAAAGUCCAUGAAAAAACAUUUUCUUGCAAAACAUGUGGAAAACAUUUCAAAUUUAAUAAAGGCUUAAAAGUCCACAUGCAAACUCACACUGGGGAAAGGCCGUAUUCUUGCAACACAUGUGGGAAAACAUUCACUCGCAAAUCACAUUUGAGGUCUCAUACAAGAACCCACACUGGGGAGAAGCCUUAUUCCUGCAACACCUGUGGGAAAACAUUCAAUCACACGUCGCAUUUGAAGGUUCAUACAAGAAUUCAUACUGGAGAGAAGCCAUAUUCCUGCAUCACCUGUGGGAAAGCAUUCCCUACUAAAUCACAUUUGAAUUAUCAUACAAGAGUCCAUACUGGGGAGAAACCAUAUUCCUGUAAAAUAUGUGAAAGAGGUUUCAGAUUUUCUGGUAACUUACUUGUCCACAUGAGAAGAAGCCACAAGGAUGAAGCGUCAUAGAUGCAACUCCUAAAAGGAAAUAUUUUGAGCAAUUUUUAAGAUUAGAAAGGUGUUGAAGCUUUUGAUUAGAACGGAACACAAAGGCUGCAUUUGAGAGAAAACUGUUUUCAGUAUUCUCUUCUUCCACAGGCAUAACCAUCCAGCCAAAACCCGACUGGAUGAGCUGUGGAAGGGUUUUCAUUUUUUGGGAGUUUUUCCUGUGCUGAUGUGAGGGUUUCGGGACAGAGAAUGUUGCGUGUAUUCAGACUGUAAAGCCUUUCGAGGCAAAGUUGUGAUUUUGAGUUAUACAAAAUAAAAUGAAUUGAAUUGA